AUGGGCGCAGGGUUGAUUGACGCGGACUACCGCGGCCUGGUGGGCAGUGUGCUCUUCAACGACUCGGAGGUGGACUUGGUUGUGAAGACCGGCGACCGCGUCGCACAAAUGAUCAUCCAGGUAAUCUCGACGCCGGAGGUCGCCGAGGAGGAGGACCUCGACGCCACAGUUCGGGGGGAGGUCCGCCUGCAUCUAAACUCUGAGUCUUGGUAG